UUUGUUUGGUUAGACCAGCAAGGAGGAGAGUCUGAAAAGCAACAGCAGACGGGAAAGGAGAAGAAUCAGCGAGACAUAAUAGGGAGGAAGGCAUCAGGAGGAGGAAGGCAUUCAGGCACUGCAUGUGUUGUUUCGAACUGUGAAGUAGGAGGAGAAGCUCAGCAGGCGGGAGGAGGAGGAAGGGGUACUUCCUCUUUAGUCUGAGUAGAGCUGCUGAGGUAUCCCAGCAGCCCCAGGCUGUGGCGACAGGAAACCUUCGUAUAAAAAGCUGCAUCGCAGGGGGAACCCUCCUGAGUACCUCUUAGACACAGCAUGACCAGGACCAAGAGCCUGAGAGUGUGGACCUAACAAAACAAUGCCCAGCAUAAAAGCCAAACCACCCAGCACUCAUCACUUCAUCAUGGACCGAGAUGACAGGAACAGAAACAACACGCUUGGAAAGAACUUUAUGUGUCGACUCCAGUGCAUGUUCUCACAGACGCCUCAAUGCUCAGAGAGCGGGCUAAGUUUAGAAGACACCCAACAAUGGUCACAGUCUCUGGAAAGGCUUCUUGAAUCUAAAUAUGGACUGGCCACCUUUCGUAACUUCCUCAAAUCAGAAUAUAGUGAUGAGAAUAUUGAAUUUUGGCUCACUUGUGAGGACUACAAGAAGAUUAAGUCUUCAUUUAAAUUGUCCUCGAGAGCUAAGAAGAUUUAUGAGCAGUUCAUCAAAGCAGAAUCACCUAAAGAGAUCAACAUUGACUAUCACACUCGAGAGCAGAUCAAAAGAAACGUCAAGACUCCCACCAUGCACUGCUUUGACGAAGCUCAGAAGAUAGUUUACGGGCUGAUGGAAAGAGACUCGUACCCGCGGUUCCUCCGCUCGGACAUUUAUAGAACACUCCUGGAAAGCCUCGCUACUGACGCCACAACGGGAUGAAAGCACGGUCAGGAGGAGAGAGGAAGGAGAAGAAAACCCAUAACUGGAAUCUUUGAGGCUCCUUCAGGCGGAGGAACUGAAAACGAAAAGGAAGGAGGGUCAUCCAGUGUGGAACUAGGACACAAUCAGCGGCCCGCGCACAUCGGCGAUGCCACUCCUGCUCUACACUAAUUAAGGAGCGGAUCCCUACAUUUAGCACCACACACCUGAAGACUUUUUCUGAAGCAAAUUUUCCCAAUAAUGACCCCCUAGACCCUGUUGUCACAGGAUGAAGACUGUGCAGGACAACUGGACGCCUUUCGCUGUGAACGAAUUAGUAAGGUGACGGACUUCUGCAACAGUAAAGCUGCAACAUAUGCAAAGAAUGCACUAGUUGCCUUCUGGCCUUCUUUGGAGAGGUGUUUCCUGUGCAGAUAGAAGAUAAAAGAUACAACAGUCACAACUGCUUAACUCCCACUCUCUCACUUGUGUAUGUUAGAGAGGGGAAAAAAAGAGACACAAAGUGAAAUAAAAAAAGUAGAAUUUUAUUAUGGCACUUAAAUAUCAUUUACUCAGAAUAAGCUGUAGCCAAAGAGCUGGUCAAUAAAUCAGAGCACUAAGAGACAGAAAAUUCAUCGCAGGCUGAGGAUUUAAUAAUGAUCUGUCCUUAAAAUAGAGAACUAUUUUAAAGCAUCUUUAUUUCUUUAAUCUAAAUUGGGUUAGAAAUGCAUGUAUAUUUUUUAUUCAAAGGUGGCCCAUAGAGAAGUUUUUUGUCCCCUUUUUUCCCCUUUUCUUUUAACUUCUUUAGCAUUGAUUAUUGUCAGAAUAUCUUUUGCAAGUAUUGUCUUUAAACUGAUAUGUACAAAGAAAACAAAAUCAUGCACACUUUCUAAACUUCUUUGUGGAAUCUUGACAAAUAGUUGCAUAACUGAAACCAAGAACUUCCCAUUUUGAGACAGCCUACGUCACAUUUAAUUCGUCACUUGGUCAAUGGCUUGCCAAAACUCAAACCGACAUCUUACAGCACCGAAGCAUAAUGAGUUUUGCAUUUGAUAAUAGAAUUAGGACUACUAUUACACAGCAUGAAAAUGUGGUUAAACCUAUAUAUUCUGGGACUGGGCCUUAUUACUGAUUGUCAAAGCAUGAAUAAGAGUGAAUAAAUGCUUGUUAGGAGUUUAAUAGUUAAAUUAACUUAAAAUUUUAACAUUGUAUUAUUUAUUGCUUACUGUUCUGUCACAACUUGAGUGCAAAGUUUGUUGUAGAGUUGAAGUGCUUCUUUAACUGCUGGUGGAUUUAAAUGAUAUUAAAUUAUUUGAACCGCUUCAAAAAAAGAGAAGACUUUAUUUUCCUGAAUCACAUGGAUUUAAUCUCGUCAUCCUGACCUUUUUCAGUCCUAAAUAUAUUCAAAGAAGACAGCACACUUUUGGAAAAAGGCUGAUCUUAAAAGAUUGCGCCAUAAGCUCAAGUGAUGUUGGCACAUAACAGUCUGUGGUAUUGCACAAUAAUACGUCAUAGAAGCAUAAAAAAAAAAGUCAGCAGUUUUUAUGAACAUGUGCUAAAUGCUUAUGAGUCUCUUUAAUUUAAAUAUUUAAUUCAUUUUAUUUAAAGUUUCACGCAUUGUUUAUGUUGGAAAUUAUGAAAAUUAUAAUAAGAAAUCGAAAGAAGUAGUGGUAGUUUAAAAAUCCAACUUCUUUCAAAUGAGCACAGAUAUUACAGUUUUUUGUUUC